AUGGUUCAACAAGUCGCGGACAUCGCCUACGACAGGACCAAACCCGCCCCCAAAAUCGAGCUCGUCUACCAAUGGCCGCUCAAAAAUGUCCCCAACUUCUCUGUCCUUGCCCUGCGCGUCAGCUUCCCACCGGGAGGCUCCUCUCCACCGCACCGACACGGGGGCGCCUCGGUGGCCGCCACGAUCAUCAAGGGGACCGCGUACAACAAGAUGAAUAACGACCCGACGCGGUUGUUCUCGGAAGGAGAAGCGUGGUAUGAGGCGCCUGGGUGCCAUCAUAAGACGAGUGAGAAUGCGAGUCAGACGGAGGAGUUGAUUUUGUUGGCGACGUUUGUGGUGGAAACGAAGGUGGUGGACGAGGGGGGGAUGGGAGCGUUGGUGCAGGUGGAUGAGGAGUACAAGGAUGUGGUGAUUCAUUUUUAG